UAAACACAUCGGAUUAUUUAUUCUAAACCUGUUUAUUGAACGAAAUGACAUUCAAACGAAUGAAUACUUUUCUGUAGUUGCUUUUGUUUGGUUUCUUGCUGUUGCCUACAUGCUGUUGUCUUCUUCGUUGUUUUCCGGCUUCUCACCUGAAAUCCCCGCGCCUGCUUUCAUCAUGACAAAACUUCUGGAGUGGCUGUUCGGCGUGUCGGUGGUGGGAGCAGCCUGGGCUUUGGUCUCUUUCGACCUGUUGGACCUGAGCCUGCCGCAGACUUACAGGGAGGUUGCCUGGCCGAUGCCUCUGUACCUGCUGGUUUCAUUUGGCUGUUACUCCCUGGCCACGGUGGGAUACAGGGUGGCCACCUUCAAUGACUGUGAUGAGGCGUCAAACGAGCUGCAGGAGCAGAUAAAAGAAGCCAAAGAGGACUUGAGGAAAAAGGGCUUAAAGAUGUAGAAAAGACUUAUGUAGAAACUUUUGAGAGACUGAAAGCAAUGCACGGACUACUUUCACACACAACCUAGUGUCUGCGGAAUUUGUUUUCUUGUUUAGCAUGUGGGAAAUGUGUUAUAUGAAACUCAACUUUGAACUGGUACCCUCUUUGUUUUGUUUCCAGCAGAUAUGAUCUGAACAUCAAUCAUAAUGACCCUGUAUUCAGCAGUGUUUUUUGUAGUGUCAUAGUUUUUCAGAUUUAGAUAUUGAUCGGAUGUGCUUCAGGAAAUUAGAAAUUACCGGCAUGAUGGGUGAUUUCUGCGUUCCUCAUAAGUGACAACACAGCAGUUUGCACCUUGAGAAAAAUGUCAUCAUUCUCACCAUGUUUAAAGACCCCUUUUCUGAAGCAACUGAAUAUUUAACAACACUAGUUUCUGUUUUAAUUACUUUGUAGCAGGUGGUUUUUACUCAUUAACACACAUCAGACCAGAUAAAAGAAGCUAAACCGUGAAUGGGGCUUUCUUUGGAUGCAAACUACACAACAUUAAACACCCCUGGUUUGCUGAAUAAUCAACAAGUUGCUGAUAACGGAAAUGUCAACAAAUCAAACCAAGAAUUCACACUGGAACAAUCACAUUAAAGAUGGUUACGACUGGGAAUACUACAAUCUGUGUCAAAUCCAAACUAGCACUACACAGUGUGGACCUUGUUGUGUGUGUCUGGAGAUUGUUGCUUGUCUGUAUAGAUGGACUAGAUUUUAUCUGUAAAGAAGUGUACAUUCCAUUGUCCAAUUUCAGACUAGUGCCCUGCAGCUAUUGCUGGAACUAAAUUAAAUUGGAGUCUAUUUUUCUUCAGGUUUUCUUCC